AGGGAGAGAGCGGCGCCGGAGAGCGAGACAGAACGGAGGAGAGGGGGAAGCACCGGGGCUUUUGAAAAAGUUUUAUCUUGCCGGCGCGCUCGGCCUUUCAGACGCUACCGAACGCCGGUACGCUCUUGUACGGUGGCCCCGUCGCGACGCGCGUCUCCCAGUGCCCAUCCGUGAUCGAGAGACCCUUCGUGCGACCUCCACGACACCCGCAAGUUCCUCGAAGAGGACCGAGCCGUCGAACAGUGUGCCCCCAGAAGAGCCGGUUCCGUUAGUUUACUCGUGUGGUCGACCGUGAUGCGGUCGAGCUGGUGAUCCUGAUCGAGAGGACCAGCACCCUAGGCACCCAACACGGCCACCAGAACGAUCCUCUUCUUCGCCGGACGUCGACAUGGGGGACCCCGGCUUGCCCAAGGGCUGCCUCGUACUCCUCCUCAUCCUGGGUGCUGCCCUUGCCUACGAGAACGAUGACCUGGUCUUCGACCAGGACGGCAAGCAGUCCCUCGGCGAGACGCCUCUGAUCGAGUCACGGCAUCACGACUCCUUGCUCCACAGGAUAAAGAGAGGAUUCUUCUCGUUCUUCGCCCCCGCAACCACCACCACAGCCGCUACCACCACCAGCACCGAAGCUGCUUCAGAAGCGAACGACCGCGGAGGAAAGGAGGACGCCGACGACGUCCCCGUCGAGGUCGUCGAGGAGAAGAAGCCGAAGGGAAACGUCGGGGCAUCGGCGAACCUGGUCAGACAGACCCGGGAGAGCGCCGAGGAGAACGAGGAAGCUGAAGAGGGCAACGAGAUCGGCAAUGCUGCAGAGGCUCGGCGGGAGCCGGAGAAGUUUGGGAACACCGAUGACGAAGACCUGGCUGGCUCAGGCGACAUCGAAGGCAGCGCCAUCAGCGGUAUUGGACCGCAUAACAAGUUCCCCGGGAUAAACAAUGCUCAGCGAAGGUACUACCGGAUAACCUUGACAAUCGGCGAGCCGUAUCUGCGGGAGUACGCGGACAGAAAUAGCCGGGAGUACAAGGAGCUGAGCGGGAACCUGACGCACGCGUUCGAGGAGCUGUUGAACCGAAACCUGCCCGUCGAUAGCCACCACGCGAACGUCGUAAAGAUAUCACCGACCGCGACCGACAGCUUCGCGUCACUGGUGACUCUGGACAUCGGGUCGACGUUCACCGAAGAGGCGGAGGUGCGCGACAUCAUCGAGGAACAGCUGCAGCUGCAUUCCUUGGACAACAUCCAACUGCAUCCCGAAGACUUCUCCUUCAGAAUAUUCCAAGUCAAUGAGAAAAUCCCCGAGGAGGAGUGCGACCCGUCCACAGAGCUCACGUGUAGAGACGGUGCAUGCGUGCCAUUAGCGUCCAGGUGCGACGGGAUCGCCCAGUGCGAGGACGCCUCCGACGAGCUCGAUUGUCGCGCGACCACGACCAGGUGCAGCGCCGGGGAGUUCGCCUGCGACGUCUCCAGGUGCAUCCUCGAAUCGGAACGGUGCAACUUCGUCGAGAACUGCAUGGACGGAAGCGACGAACACGACUGCAACUAUCCAGCUUGCACCUCCACGCAGUUCAAAUGCAGGAACGGCCAGUGCAUCGACUUCGAGCUGCACUGCAACGGUGCCAGGGACUGCCUCGAUAACUCCGAUGAGCGGAAUUGCCGCUGCACGGAUGACCAAUUCGAAUGCUCGCCUGGGUAUUGCGUGUCGGCGUCGAGACUGUGCGACGGCACCUUGGAUUGCACUGACGGAAAGGACGAGGCGAAUUGUUCCGACACGAUGCACUGCCGGGAGGACGAGUUCCAGUGCGGAACCGGAAGUUGCGUCAGCCUGAGCAUGAGAUGCGACGGACGAUCGGACUGCGACGAUCGCUCCGACGAGCACAAUUGCAGCGUGACGACAUGCAGCAGCGACCAGUUCCGGUGCAGCGACGGCACGUGCGUCAACAUCAACAAAAGGUGCGACAACGUGAUCGACUGUCGGAACGCCGAGGACGAGCUACAGUGCGGUUGCGGAGAAGGCGAGUUCCAAUGCGCGAACGGCCAGUGCAUCGCCUACGUGUUGCAGUGCACCGGGAUAGAGGACUGCGCCGACGGUUCCGACGAGAGGGAUUGCGAGAAAUUUUCGUGGCGGAACGUGUACAACGACGUGGGGAUGUUCAUGGCGAGGUUUAACAUAUCUCGAGAGCAGCUGACGAUAAUAACGUCGGCCAUGAAAUCAGACCCUGAAGGGAGAAGCGGCUCGAUAAAUGGAGGAGCACCGAUCGGUUUCUAUAAUGCACGCUCGAAGCGUUCCGGCAACAUUGGCCGACGACUGUUGGAGAAGCUGGAAGACUUCGCUGAUCAGACCACCGAGACGAUCUCGAAGAGGACGGUGCGGAGAGGAAGGAAGGGGAGGAGGGUGACGCGUGCGACCGAAGGGACCCCGAAGAAGGACUCGGACGUCGACGAUUCGACCGCGACUGACACGGAGGAGUUGUCCACGCCUGCUUCGAUCUUCGGAGGUGACGCUAGGUCCGCGGUUGCUGAAGGGAACAUGGACAUGAAGAAGAAGAAGAAGAGGAGGAGGGGGAAGCAUCGGAGAAGAAAGCACCCGAAGGACGACUCCGACGUCGAUAAUUCGACCGCGACUGACACGGAGGAGUUCUCCACGCCUGCUUCGAUUUUUGGGAACGCUGUCAAGUCCAUUGUUGCCGAAGAGAGCCCUGUGUUGGAGGAGAAGAAGAAGAAGAGGAGGAGGAAGGGGAAGCAUCAGAGACGAAAGAACCCGAAGAACGAGACCGACGCCGAUAAUACGACUGUAGUUGACACGGAGGAGUUGCCCACGCCUUCUCAGAUCCUCGCGGACGCCUCCUGGUCCACGGUUGCUGAAGAGACCACCGUGUCGGAGGGGAAGAAGAAGAAGACCGGAAGGAGAAAGCAUCGCAAACAAAAGGCCGGGAAGAACGCGAAGAACGCGAACGUGGUUCGCGAAGAGGAUUCGUCAACGUCUGAGGCGAUCGUCCAGGAUGCAACUUGGGCUGCGUCGAGCGUUGCUGAAGAGGAGACCGAGACACCGGAGGUCGAACAUCUGUCGCGAUACAUUUAUCGUACCGCCGCGAUGAGAUACAGCGCUUCGACGGAACCUUCGGCCUCCACAACUGACCUUUAUUCGUCGCAGUUCAAGGUAUUUAGCGACGGGAGUCUGAAAGAGAAUGAGAUAGAACUUGAAGAUGGCGGUGGCAGCACGAGGAACGGAUUGGAGAUCGUGGGAGACGAAGGGGAACGUCCGAGUUCUUCGACCCAGGAGUGGACAUCAGCGGAAGAGACAACGUCCGUCGAACCUUUCGAGGCAACUACGGGCGAAUGGUUCACUGACGAAGGUGCCGAAGACCUGGCAACGGUACGCGAAGACAGCACUGUGCAGAUAAAUACAGAGGAAGAUGUUGCGAUCAAGACAAGAUUGUCGCGGUUCUCCGCAGAACGCUUCGAUGAUGACAUCACCCGGACAACGGUGGAGGACAUCAGCACCGAAUCGACCGAUUCCAGGAACAACGCGAAGGACAACGUUAAGUGCAGGCUGUUGAAGAAGUAUCUGAAGAUCUUCUUGAACGAAAGCGACGAGAUCUUCGUGGAGUUGAGCCGCAUCUGUCCCAAGGACUGCGACCAGUACUGGAAACUGCUGCUCCAGCACAUGGAAAUAUACUCUAACCUGAACGGCUCCGGAGAGGCGGCGACGUUCACCACAGACGAGGCGAACUACACCCCGGAGAACCCUGAAGAGUCGAAGGAACAGGCGGACCUCUGGGGAGCCAGCUCUAAUCUCAGCAAAACAACAGUGUCCCCGGACUUGGUGGAGGUGUUCGUCGGGUGGAGCACGAGGAAGCCAAAGUCGGGUCACGGAGGGAAAAAGGAGCACGGGAACAAGGCGAGGAAGAAAGCGAACCGGUCCAGCGCGACCGUCGACAACUUCUCCAACAGGUACCCCGAUUGGACCUCCACGGCAUCACCGAAAUAUUUAGACCCCGAGGAGCGUACUAUCAGCCCGAUGGAGGAUGAUUCGACGAGCAAACAGAGUGCCGAGACACCCGGGUCUUCGACUCUCGGACAGAAUAUGAGCAUGACCGAGUUCAUCGUGGAGCCGAGGGGGUCGUCGCAAGUUUACUUGUGCGGGGAUGACAUGUUCCUCUGCGACGACGACUUAUGUGUCUAUAACAGCAUGAAGUGCGACAGGCAGCAGGACUGCAAAGACGGCACCGACGAGUUCGAUUGCCACGACUUCGGCAACGGCGACACGAACCAUAGGCAGAGGGGCGACCUGCCGUCCUGCAGCGAGUACCAGUUCCCCUGCGACGGCAGGUGCAUCGACAACGUGUAUGUCUGCGACGGGCACACCAACUGCAGGAACGGAGUCGACGAGGCCGAUUGCGGCGACGAAGAGUGCCCGAACGGACAGAAACCAUGCGACAACGGCGUGUGCAUCAACAAGGACUUCUUCUGCGACAACAACCAGGACUGCCUAGACAACAGCGACGAGCGCAACUGCCCGGACCCAGACGGAACCGACAAGCAUCCGCAACCGGUAGGAUGUCAGCAGGACGAGUUCUCCUGUCGCGACGGCAGAACCUGCAUCCCCUUGUACACCGUUUGCGACGGUAGUUUCGACUGUCCCGACGAGGACGACGAGUUCAACUGUCCCGAAGGCUGCGGAAAGGAUCAGUUCCAGUGCGCGAACGGAGACUGCAUCAGGUCUGACCAAAAGUGCGACGGCUACAUCAACUGUGCCGACGGAACCGACGAAGAGGAAUGCGAUCGCCCAGUACCCCAUCCGAUGCCUGGACGAUGUCCUGCCGGCUUCAUCAUGUGCGUCACCGACAAGGACUGCGUCCCACAAUCCUCCAUUUGCAACGGGAUCCCAGAGUGCAGAGAUCGUUCCGACGAAGAGAAUUGCGAACCUCCACACUCGUCGUCGAACCUGAACCUGAAGACGUACCCCAGCGAGCAAGUGAUCAAAGAGAACCCGGCGAAGCAAGGUCGCGAGGUGGUGUUCCAAUGCCGAGACGAGGGUCCCGUGCGAGCCAGAGUCCGCUGGCUUCGCGGCAACAAUCUGCCAUUGCCUCCCGGCAGCACAGACGUCAACGGCCGCCUGGAGAUCCCUAAUAUUCAACUGGAUCAUGCUGGAUCCUACAUCUGCGAAGCUGUGGGCUAUCCUCCAUCAACGUCUGGCCAACAGAUCUCGGUCUAUCUCCGAGUGGAGAAACUGGAGCAACCGAUCACCAACAAACCCCACGUCUGCCAGUACGAAGAAGCGACCUGCAGCAACGGAGAAUGCAUCCCGAAAUCUUAUGUCUGCAACGGCAGGCUGGACUGCACCGAUGGCUCCGACGAAAUGCGAUGCAGUCCCCACGGCUGCGAGCCUAACCAGUAUCGAUGCAACAACACCGAGUGCGUCAGCAAAGUAUGGCGCUGCGACGGCGACAAGGAUUGCGCGGAUAACAGCGACGAAGAGAACUGCGAGCCGAGCAAACCGGGCUCGCCAUGUCGAUCCACGGAGUACGCUUGUUCCAGCGGGCAGUGCAUACCCAAGACCUUCCAGUGCGACCUCGAGAAGGACUGCAUGGACGGCAGCGACGAGAUAGGAUGCUCCCCCGUGUACAUAAUCAAGCCACCGCCGCCGAUGAUCAACUUGAACCAAGGAGAGGUGCUGGUGAUCACGUGCGUAGCCAUAGGCGUGCCCACGCCGGAGAUCAAUUGGCGUCUGAACUGGGGCCACAUCCCUGCGAAAUGCACCAUGACGUCCGUGAACGGAACCGGCACCUUGACCUGUCCCGACAUCCAAAUCGAGGACCAGGGCGCCUACUCCUGCGAGGGAUUGAACAGCGCUGGAUUCGUGUUCGCGGUCCAGGACGCCAUAGUGGUGGUGGAGAAAGGGGAUCACAUCUGCCCCAAGGGGAUGUUCAACGACGGCGCCAGGAGCCUCGACGAGUGCAUCUCCUGCUUCUGCUUCGGCGUGGCGCAGGAAUGUAGGAGCGCGAACCUGUACACCUAUCAGAUCCCACCGCCUCUGGACCGGCCCCGCAUGGUCAUCGCGGACCAAGCCCUCCGUCGGAUAGUCGGCGACUUGGAGAACUUCGAUGCCAGAAACGUCGGCGCGGACAGCGUCCAGGUUUACGCGGAACUCGCGGGAUCCCCGUACAGACCUGACAACAACGCAGCCUACUUCACGAUGCCGGAGCACUACCAUGGCAGCCAGCUGAAAUCCUACGGCGGAUACUUGAAGUACAAGAUCCGGUACAACGGCACAGGCACGCCGAACUCGGCGCCGGCGGUUAUCCUCAUGGGGAACGACUACCAACUGGUGCACAGAGGCAGACAGGCGAUACCCUAUCACGAUAACGAAAUGUCCGUCAGGUUCUUCCAGGGAGAGUGGCUGAAAGUUCAGGGUUACAACGAGGUGCACGCCACCCGGGAGGACAUCAUGAUGACUCUCGCCAGAGUGGACGAUAUUUUGAUCAAAGCGCAGUAUGACGACUCUCCGAGCCUGGAUGUCUUGAUUAACAACAUUGUGAUGGACACGGCCGACGCGAGGAACACUGGUCUGGGCUCCGCCCUCUAUGUGGAGGAGUGCCAGUGCCCCUCUGGCUACGGCGGUCUAUCGUGCGAGCAGUGUGCACCUGGAUACCUUAGACGCGAAACAGGACCUUGGCUAGGCCAGUGCUACCGGGAUGAGCAAGCCUGUCCUCCAGGGUACUACGGCGACCCAUCUAGGAACAUCCCCUGCCAAGUCUGCCCCUGCCCACUCACGAAUCCAUCGAAUCAGUUCGCCAGGACCUGUCAUCUAGGAUCAGACGGACAACCGACCUGCGACUGUCCAGCCGGCUAUGUCGGCCGCAGGUGCGAGCAGUGCGACCAAGGCUACCAGGGCAAUCCUCUGAUACCUCGCGACAAGUGCAUCCCGGUGCAGCAGUGCGACCCGGAUGGCAGUCACAGUCCGCAUGCCGAUCCUCAAACUGGACAGUGCCGAUGCAAGCAAUAUGUCACUGGACCCACCUGCAACCAAUGCAAGGCGAACACGUUCAGCCUGUCCUCGAGGAACAAGUUCGGCUGCGUCAGCUGCUUCUGCAUGGGCAUCACCAACAAAUGCGUGUCGUCCAACUGGUACAGGAGCGACAUCCAAAUCUCCUUCACGAACUCCAUAAGGAACUUCUCCCUGGUCGAGCUGAAGUCUCCCGACGUAUCCAUCACGGAUGCCAUCCGUCUGAACACGGGCAGGAGCGGGGAGAUCAUCUACAGGUUCCGUAACAGCGGGAACAACGACGUCUACUAUUGGCAGCUGCCCAACAUCUUCCUAGGAGACCAGAUCACUUCCUAUGGCGGGAACCUGAAGUACACCGUUCGAUAUGUCCCGGCGCCAGGCGGACAAAGUUCCAGGAACAACGCGGCCGAUGUUGAACUGAUCAGCGCAAACGACAUCAAUCUGUUGUACUUCUCUCGAGAGUUUCCCGAGGCUGACACCCCGCACACCUUCACGGUGCCAUUGUUGGAACAGUACUGGCAACGGACAGACGGAACCGAGGCUGACAGAGAACACCUGCUGAUGGCGUUGGCUGACGUAAGGGCGAUCAGGUUCAAGGCCACCUACACCACGCACACCGACGAAGCUGCAUUGUCCCUGGUGUCCCUGGACACAGCGGAGAAGCACAACACAGGAAAGUCUCGAGCAGUGGAGGUCGAAGAAUGCAGCUGUCCGGAAGGGUACAAAGGACUCUCCUGCGAGAACUGCGACGUGGGAUUCACCAGAACGAACGGAGGACUCUAUCUUGGCAUCUGUGAGGCCUGCAAGUGCAACGGACACUCGAACCAAUGCGACCCAGACACCGGCGUCUGCGAGUACUGUGCCCACCACACCACCGGCGCGUCCUGCGAGUACUGCGAGCCUGGCUACAAAGGCGACGCGACUAGAGGAACCCCCUACGACUGCACCUACAGUCCGGUAGAACCGCCACCCGAUGACUGCAACUGUAACAGGGCAGGCUCGUACAGCGACUACUGCAUAGAAGAACGGUGCGAGUGCAAACGCAACGUCGAAGGCCCCGAAUGCAACAGGUGCAGACCGGGCACGUUCGGUCUGGCCGAGGACAAUCCUGAGGGAUGCAGCCAGUGCUACUGCAGCGGUAUCACUGACCAAUGUCACGAGAGCUCGCUCUACGUGCAGCAGAUACCUGUCGGAGUCUACAAUGCGCAGCACGGAUUCACCUUGACCGAUUCGACCAGGCAAGAGGUGAUCGACGAGGGCUUCGAGUUGAACAUCGCCCUGAACGAGAUCGGCUACCGCUACUCGGAAGGUCGAGGUCGUAGACUCUUCUGGUCCCUGCCACCAAUCUUGACUGGCAACAAGAUCAAAAGCUACGGCGGCAAUCUCACGCUGACCCAGCACAUCACAGCGUACCCUGGAGCUCAGAGCUACAAGGACCAGGACAUCAUUCUAGUAGGAAACGGAAUCACUCUGUUCUGGACGAAUCCUGUGGAGAUCCAGCCUGACGUCCCUCUGACCUACUCUGCGCCCCUGAGAGAAUCCGAAUGGAAGCGCCUGACGACAGAAGGACCUCGCGUGGCGUCUCGAGUGGACAUGAUGACAGUGCUCUCUAAUCUGGAAUCGAUCCUGGUUCGGGCCUCUCACAGCGACAGGAUGACGGCUACCUAUAUCAGCGACAUCAGUUUAGACACAGCAGUGGACAUACCUGGAGGCAGGAGAGCCGUCCACGUGGAGGUCUGCAGAUGUCCGACCGGGUACACCGGGACAUCCUGCGAGUCCUGCGCCAGAGGCUACUACAGGGACACGAACGACCGCUCGACUAGCUACUUGGGCUCCUGCAACCUCUGCCCUUGCAACAACCACGAGGAGAGCUGCGAGAUCGCGAGGACCGGACAAGUGAAGUGCCACUGCCUGCCAGGAUACGGCGGUCAAUACUGUCAAGACACUGGUGAAUUGAUGGUAAGUCUAACGCCAAUGACGGGCACGGUAAAGCCGAACAUGUGGGUGCUGUUCACCUGCAGCUACGAGUCCUCGGACCAGUUGUAUAUAUGGUUUAAACUGACGCCGUUGCGUGGCUAUCCCUUAACCGCAAUCCCCGCGAUACCAGGCGCUUCUAUGCGCACUGGUAAGGGCGGCUACCGCAACUGGUACGUUUACGUGGAACUAGAGCCUUGCAACGUCGAGUGUUACAUCCAGGACCGCGACGGCAAGGACCUGAUCAAGGUCGUCACAUCGAUCUUCACAGAGCAUCACCGGCCAACGCCCAUCCCGCCAUACCCAACGAUCUCGCCGCCAAGGAUCGUGGUUUACAUCAAGGGCCCCGAGUUCCAGAUCGUCGGAACAGGAACCACUGUCGAGUACCAUUGCUCUGGAACGUCUUUGGACAACGAACGCGUGGAUGUGAGGUGGGAGAAGGAAGGUGGCCAGCUACCACCUGGUAGAAGCGUGGACGACAGUCGUGGUCUCUUGAUCAUCAGGGAAGUCAAGGUCUCGGACAGCGGUAUCUACGUCUGCCAGGUCAGCGACGGUGUCCACGUCGCCUUCAAGAACGUUACCCUCACCGUUGGAGCUUUCCCGCAAAGCUUGCUGGAGAUCCCAGGCGUGAACCCAGUGCCGCCUAGAGCGAUGAUCCUGCCCCCAUCGUUGGAAGUGAUAGAAGGUGAACCAGCGGAGUUCCGUUGCGAGGCAAACGGCAACCCACCGCCGCAAGUCGAAUGGACCCGAGUGCACGGUGCCAUGAACCCCGAAGUGCUCACCUACAACGGGAUCUGGUCGUUGAGAGCAGUGUCGAAGAACGACGCAGCGGAGUACAGGUGCACUGCCAGGAACAACAUCGGAGUGGACGAAAGGACAGCCAUCCUCUACGUCAGAUCAAACCCUUCCAAGCCUCCCGAGGAAGGCAUACAGCCCACGAUAACGCCAUCGGAAUGGAUAGGAGCAGUCGGCGAAGUGGUCCGGAUCACCUGCACCCCGUCCCAGGUAGCGAACAUCACCUGGUCGAGACAAGGCAAUCUACCUCUGCCACCGUCUGCAAGACAGCGCAGCGGUGUGCUGACCAUCAUGAACCCGAGCCUGCACGACUCAGGCGUCUACGUCUGCAUAGCUACCAGCCACGUUGGCACGGAGACCAGCAGGACAGUGACCAUCACGAUCCAGCCUAGAAGAACGGCGCCGUCGGUGAAGGUCAAGCCGGAGAAGCAGACGGUCCCUCAAGGCAGCAUUGCCGAGGUCAGCUGCUUGACCAGCGGCGAACCGGGUGUCCAAGUCAGGUGGAGCAAAUACCUGGAGCUGAUGAGCUCCCGCUCGCAACAAAUUGGCGACAUUCUGAGGAUCACGAACGUACAGAUCGCUGACAGAGGAGUUUACGUCUGCAAGGUCACUGGACCAUCCGGAAGCCAGGAAGCUAGCGCUAUCAUCGAGGUGGAACCUCGAGAGGCACCUUUGCUAGAACUCUACCCCAAAGAGACUCAGGCGGUGAUCCUAGGAGGUUCCGCAGAUGUCCAAUGCAGAGCCAUAGCCGGCACCCCUGUGCCAGAGCUGCACUGGUCUCGCAGCGACGGCAGACCCUUCGCUCACAACAUCAAACAGCUCCCUGGAGGAGUGUUGCGGCUGACCAACAUCACCAUCGGCGACAGCGGCGGCUACGUUUGCAACGCGGUGAACCCUGUCGGCACCACCUCGGCGGUGGCCUACAUAGAGGUGCACACGCAGCCUGUGAUCACCAUUUCACCCAGGUCUGGCAUCCUCACGGUCAAACGAGGCGACAGGGUGCGGCUGGUGUGCACCGCCACUGGGAAUCCUCAGCCUAGCAUCGAGUGGACCAAGCACAUCAACGGCAUCGUGCCUUACCACAAAUCGAUCUUCGAGAUGAAGGCAACUCCGCAGAGCGCCGUCUACGACAUUCAAUCCGUCUCUCACAACGACGAAGGAUCCUACACCUGCCACGCCAUGAACGCGGCUGGAAUCAUGGAGGAACGGGUGCACAUUCGCAUCGAGGACGACAACGAGGUCCGGUCAACUUCCUCCACCCCCGAUCCCGACCACAACUCGACCCACGCAAACAACGAUCUCUGAAAAUUACAGGUUGAUCCCGAUCCAAACGGGCCCAUCAUAGUGUCCGAGAACAACUUCAAGAUCCCCAACGGCGGCAAGGUGGAGAUGCGCUGCCAGGUCGUUUCCGAAGUGAGCCACAUCUACUUGGACUGGAAGAGGAGCGACCAUCGUCCCCUCCCCGAAGGCAGCAUGGUGCAUAACGGAGUCUUGACUAUCCCGGCGGUGGACAGAAGCGCUGCCGGAGAGUACGUGUGCCUGGGCAUGGACCAGGGCGGCAAUGUCCUCUUCAGGGCCAAGUCCUACCUCGAAGUGUCGUCCCCGCCCAGGAUAGUCCUCAACCCGCCUAGACAGACAGUGGGGCCCGGCGAGAACCCGUCCAUAGUUUGCAGCGCGACAGGGGACGAGCCGAUGACCAUCGAGUGGUCAGCCAUAGGUCGCGAGCUCCCGUACAGCGUGAGCCGGGACAGAGGUGUCCUCCAGUUCCAUGGGAUCACGUACUCCGACGCCGGCAAGUACGUCUGCAAGGCCAGCAACGAGGAAGCCACUGCCGAAGCUGUUGCCGAAGUCCUGGUGAAUGAACGGUCUUACGAAGACACAGGCGUCAGGGCUUCCCAGCGUGACGUGAUCUCCUACGUGGGCAUGCCGGUGCAUCUGCGGUGCACCGUGCAGGAACGCGCGACCAUACAGUGGAGCAGGGAAGGCCAGCCUCUGCCAUCGAACGUCAGGAUAGAGGACGACAUUCUGGAGAUACCUCGGGCCAGGUUGGAGGACAGCGGAAGAUACAUCUGCCAGAUCCAGACGGAGCGUGGCGUAUCCAGCGACUACAUCAACCUGAACGUGUCCCCUGACGUGCUCCCGGAUUGCAUGCGACAGAACCAAACGCACUGUGGGCACAGGAAGUGCAUAUGCAACGAUCGAGGAUGCAUUCUGUUGGAUUACGGUUGCUAUAUCUAUGUCCAGUACAUGGACAAACACGGCGAGAACUUGAACCGUCGCUAUCUACACCAUCGACGCGCCACGGUGAUGCCCGCGGUCAGCGUGGAGGUCUCCCAGGACCCAGUGAACAUCGGGGACACCAUAGACAUCCGCUGCGCCUGCACCGGCGCCCAGAAUCCUCGCUACCAUUGGUCCAGGCCUAAUCACCCGCGUCUGCCGGCCAAUGCUCAGGAAUACGACAGCGUUCUGAGAUUGACCAGCGUGACGCUGGCCGAAAGCGGGCUGUACAGGUGCACCGCGGAGACGCAGGAAGGCAUCUUCGAUCAGGAUUUCAACCUCGUUGUUCACGGUGGACACAACGACGCACCAGCGAUCGAGACCAGGUACGCGCCCUAUGGAUCCAGCAUAGAGAUGAACUGCAGACCUAACGCCGACCUAGAGUAUCCGUUGAGCUUCCACUGGAGCAAGUUAAGAGGCCUGCUCCCAAGCGACGCGCAAAUCUUCGAGAGCAAACUGAACCUGACGAACGUCAGGGCCGAGGACGCGGGCACUUACAUCUGCACAGUGAACAACGACCACGACAGCAUAGAGAUACCGACGGUCCUGGUGGUGACCGGAGUGGUGCCAUACUUCAGCCAGGCACCAGAGAGCUACAUCGCCUUGCCCCCUCUACGCGACGCCUACCUGAGGUUCAACAUCGAGGUGUCCUUCAAGCCUGAGAAUCGAAACGGUAUCAUCCUGUACGAAUCGGACGACGGAGUCAGCGACUUCAUUAUGUUGGCCUUGGUGAAAGGGUACCCGCACUUCAGCUUCGACCUUGGCUCGGGCCAAAUCACGAUCCGCGCCGACAGGCCAGUGACCAUGAGCGAAUGGCACACCAUCAAACUGCAACGCAACAGGAAAGAGGGCACCAUGCUGGUGGACGGGGAGGGUCCUUACAAAGGCGUGGCAGACGGUAGAAAGCAAGGAUUGGACAUCAAGACGUCUUUGUUCGUGGGUGGUGUACCAAACAACGUAGCCCUUACUAAGCAUGCGACAGUGACCACAGGGUUCGUCGGCUGCAUCAGCAGACUCGUAAUCAGCGAGAGGGACGUUGAUUUAAAUGACAAUCAGGCCCGCGGCAUCGGCAUCACCAACUGCGAGACCUGCGCCGAGAACCCCUGCAACAAUGGCGGCGUUUGCCAAGAGGCAGGCACCAAGAUCGGGUACACCUGCAUGUGCAGGGCCGGAUACAGUGGAAAGCAUUGCGACCAUGUUGGCCAGUCCUGCUAUCCAGGUGCCUGCGGCGAAGGCAAAUGCGUGGAAAACGAGACAGGUUUCGACUGCUACUGCCCCCAUGGAAAAACGGGGUCCAGGUGUGAGAAUUUGAUGAACAUCCACGAUCCAGCCUUCCACGAUGACAAGUCGUUCGUAGCCCAUGACACGCCUAAAGCCUUCAGACGGUUCAAAGCGGCUAUGAACUUCAACCCUAUGGACGAAGGGGACGGCGUUUUACUGUACUGUGCCCAAAGCGACGAGGGCAACGACGACUUCGUGUCGCUGGUCGUCAAGGACAGACGCGUGGAGUUCAGAUACGACCUUGGAUCGGGGACCGCGAUGCUCAGAUCGAGCUUCGUCCUUCAGCCAGGCGUGUGGACCCACGUCUCGGUGAACAGAGAUUACAAAGAGGGAAAUCUGACGGUGAACGGCGAGCCGACUAUCAAGGACAGGUCGCCGGGAAGCGAUCGCACAAUGUCACUGAACACUCCGCUGUACAUCGGAGGCGUGGACCGCAGGAGGAUCGUGAUAAACAAGAACGCUGGCGUGGACAGAACCUUCCGCGGCUGCAUCAGCGACCUGGGGGUGUCCGGUACGAGCGUGGACAUACUGAAGUCAGCGAUAGACUCUGCUAACAUAGACGACUGCAACAUCCAGCACCUUAAUCAGACCAAGUUCGCCAUAGCUACCACCACCCAGUUGCCCACGACAACGCUGUACGACCCUUGCAACUCCAACCCCUGUAUCCAUGGGAUGUGUCAGAACGCAGACUCCCGUGAUUACUCGUGCACCUGCGAAUACGGCUACGUGGGCAGGAACUGCGAGAAUAUUUUGAAACAGUGUGAAUUACUCCUUCCUUGCAACAAUGGGGGAACCUGCAGUGAUCUCUAUGGAUCGUACAAGUGCGACUGUCGACUGGGUUACAGUGGGCAGAAUUGCGAGAAACAGGUGGAGAUCACCUACGACGUUGCCUUCAGAGGAGAUGGGUGGCUAGAGCUGGAUAGGUCUGUGAUGACCCAUGACGAAGAGUGCGAAGUGCUAUGCUUCGAGAUCUCUACCAACCGUACCAGGGGGCUGAUCAUGUGGCAUGGUCAGACUCCGAACGACCUCAACCCUGAUCAUUACAUGGCCCUCGCUGUAGUGGAUGGUUACGUGGAGUACCAGUACAACCUAGGCACCGGUCCGGUGGUGAUCAGAGUGACUGCUCAGAAAGUCGACGAUGGAGAGAGACACAGGAUAAUCCUGAAACGCCAAGGCAGCGAUGGUAGCAUAGAAUUAAAUGGAGAGCACAUGGAGAGCGGAGCAACUUAUGGCACUCAGCAGACCCUGAACACCAGAGGCAGCGUCUACCUGGGUGGUGUGCCUGAUUACGCCAUGACUUACGACAAGUACCAGGAUGGUUUCUCUGGGUGCAUCUACACCAUGGAGGUGCAGGACUCCAGGGCUAUAGACAUUGGCGAGAAAGCCAUACGAGGCAAAAACGUCUUGCCUUGCACCAGAGCAAGAUGGAUCCCGUCCUCGUUGGUGUUCACAGACGCGGACACGGACAUGUUCGACGCGUUUGUUCCCCCGCCCCCUGUAAACAUAAUCCACCCGAAGCCAGCGGCCAAUCUGGCCGCGUACAACAUCAAACACUACUCACUGUUAAUCCUGCUCCAAAACCUGCUUGCCUUUACCAUGGACGUUCGAGAACAGAGCGUGCUUUUUACAGUAUUAUGCAUAGACACCGUGAACGCGGUCAAGUGUAUACUAAGUUAAGUGUUUCUUGUCGAGGAUAGGCCUGACAACCGUGUGUGUGUCCCCUCACUGGGAACGAUCCCAAUGAGCCGACACAGCCCGGGAUAGUUCUUGUAAUUAUAUUUAACUUUGUAAAUUCUUUGACGCUUCGUUAAAGUCUGAGACGGGUUCCCGUGGUACGUAAGACCAACGCGUGUCCGACUGUGCUCCUAAUUUCUAUAGUUCAACUUUGACCUUUGUCUGUUUGGCAGUAACCCGGACGACAGACUACCAACCCGCGGUGAUCUCGGAACGUUUCACUAGGACGGUUUACUUGGUCCCGAAGUCGCAGAGCAUAGUCGAAG